ACAUCGCUGCAUUGUAAGAAGGUAUAUAGUGCCAUGGUAGUUUUCCACGAAAAUGACAAUCAGAUAAAAUAAUCCUUAAUCCAAUCAGCAAGCUCUAAACCAAUAAAAGUCGCCACCGGUGUGGUGGUGUUGUUUCACUCGAGUCGAGUCGAGUGCAUAACGUGCAGUGCAGCUCGAUCUCAGUCAGUCAGCCCCAUUUGCAUUUGCCUUUUAAACCCACUCAAAUCAAUCUCAAUGCCUUUCAGUAUCGGUCUCAGAGGACCCAGACCACUCUCAACUCUCCGCAACCCGCACCACCAUUCUUGAUAAAUUCUUUGCCAAUGCACUCCCCAAACCUUCAAAGACCUCACCUUUAAUGGCCGCCACCGCCACCACCUUCUCUCAUCUCUCUCUCUCCCCCAAGCUCCCAACUUUUCCACUCCCCACCACGCCCUCAACAAAACCCAGGACCUUGAAGUUGAAGAUCACCUUCUGUCUGUCCCUAAAGCAAUCCAAUGACCAAACUUUCACAACCCAAAACGCCGCCGUCGACAACCUCCGUGUGGUCUUCGGCGCAGGAGGCACCGGCGGCCACAUAUACCCUGCUGUUGCCAUAGCCGAUGAGCUCAAGAACACCAAACCCACCACCCAAAUCCUUUUUUUAGGCUCACCCAAUAGCAUGGAAAGUACCGCAAUACCCUCCGCCGGCUACGACUUCGACACCGUACCCACCACCAAAUUACACCGCCCACUCCUCUCUCCUAAGAACAUUUUCCUCCCGUAUAAUUUGAUCAGGUCCAUCAUCCACAGUUACUCAAAAUUGCGUGAUUUUGAGCCCCAUAUCGUUUUUGGUACUGGUGGGUAUGUAUCCUUCGCUAUAGGCUUGGCGGCCAAGCUGAAAGGCGCCAAGCUUGUAAUCCAAGAACAGAACGCUGUUCCAGGGAUAGCCAAUUGGGUUCUCUCAAUUUUAGCUGAUGCUGUGUUUGUGGCUUUCGAUUCCACCAUUGAUUGCUUCCCAAGAGGUAAGACCAAGUGCGUGGUUUGUGGCAAUCCGGUGAGGUUGUCUUUGAAAAAGCAAGUGUCGAAGGCGGUGGCAAGGGGGCGUUUUUUUCCAAGCUCCUGUGAGAUUGGGGAGUUGGAGAAGGCUAAGGUUCUUUUGGUUCUUGGAGGGUCUUUGGGUGCUAAUGCUAUUAACAUUGCUGUGCUGAAUUUAUAUUAUCAGAUGCUGUUGGAGAAUGAGAACUUGUUUAUUAUAUGGCAAACUGGGGUGGAGGCCCAUAAUGAGAUGGAAAGUCUUGUUAAGAAUCAUCCACAUUUGCUUUUGACACCGUUCAUGCAUUCAAUGGAUUCGGCAUAUGCAGCUGCAGACCUUGUUGUAUCUAGAGCUGGUGCAAUGACUUGCUAUGAGAUUUUGGCAACUGGGAAGCCUUCCAUUCUGAUACCAUCACCUAAUGUUGCCGAAGGUCAUCAAUUCAAAAAUGCUUCUUUAAUGGCAGACUUAGCAGGUGCAAGGGUUAUAACUGAAGAUGAACUUGAUUCAACAACCCUUGGAAGUGCAAUUGAAGAGAUUUUAGGGGAUGAGAGUAAAAUGGCAGAGUUGUCUGAAAGGGCUCUGAAAACUGCAAAUUCCAGUGCCUCUGUGGAGAUUGCACAACACAUACUUUCUCUAGUCAACUUAUCAACAUCAAAGGAGAAGUAGAAUUAUAGUUGGUUUAUAUUCUAUGCUUGCCGGUAGACCUGCCUCGAAAGGUGGUUCCUCCAAUUUCAGAUUGCAGUCCACCAAGAUUAGUUAAUUUGUUAUGAACGGAAGCUUGAGCGUUUCAUAGAAGUUGAGUGUCCAUGAAUGUAGGAAGGCUAGGUUCAUAAAGUUUUCACUUUCAGCUUUACAUAAAUGUUUUGUCAGGUUUUCCUUGCGUUGUUAGGCACUCCAUUUUAUUGUCAUAAUUUAUGUUUGCUUGUGGGGAAGAUAAAAGAAAGGCAACGUGUUUGUAUUAUUGCCCUCUUUUUGACACGUUUUUUUGUCAGAGUUCUUCCUUCAUUUGGACGAAUCUUUGCAAAACCAGUUUAAAAACAUUACCGAAGUAGUUGAAGUUGCUUAACAA